GCUUACGGCUGAAUGUACAAGAAUACAAUUUCAUCAUGUUAUAGUUACGUUUCAGUACUGGAUGGUUAUAUGAUGUUUGGAAGUCUUAAAAAAGCGACAAAAGUUUAUCGUAAAGAAUAUGUGUAAACGCGGAAGAUUUGAAAGAUGUGAUUCUACGGAAAAAGAAUCUGCGUAAAUUCGAACGUGACUGCGUGUGUUUUUAAAUUUUAGUCACUCUCGGGUUGUUGUUGUUGCGUCGCUGCUGGUGCAACUUCGUCGAGUCUCCAUCAUGGGAGUCCGUGAGACUCCCACCCGGACGUGGAGUGAGUCACACGCUGCAGCGGGGAUUACCGGGAAACACACGCGUACACACCGACUGCCCAUUCCUGGAAUACACAGCAGCGCAACGCGGCGCUCACGUCCCCCAGCCAGCGGUGUGACUCAGUGGGGAAUUAACUCCUUCAUCCUUUCAGCUGCAUUGAAUCACCGAAGCACUGAAUCACACCUAAGUAACUUCACUUCGGAAGUAAGGACGCGGACGGCGGCACGAAGGCUGCUCAACAACUCGCACAGCACUGAAACGGACAGCGCCGUUUGCAAAUGAAUGUUAUGCUACAAACCAGUGUAAGCAGAGGAGAUGAGGCACUGUUACAUACAAAUUUUAGCAUGGAUAAUGAGGCACCGUUACAUACAAAUUUUAGCAUGGAUAAUGAGGAAUCAUUUGAGGAUCCGGAGCACUAUUCCUCCCUUGUUUACUGUAACAGGAGUUACUUAAUGGUGCUAUACAGUGGCUUGUUGGAUUAUUUUCAUGAAAACAUGAUGGAACUCAAAGAAGAGUCCUGGUGUGACUGGGACCAGGUUAUCAGGCCAUACGUCUACUUCACAGAAAUUAUGGUAGAGCUGACCUUUAACAGGGAUUGUGUCUACCCAAACCCUACUGCAGAGGAGGUCCUCCUACAGAUCCAUAGGCACUACUUCCAGCAGUGUCUUACGCAAGAGCAGCAUUUCACUGAUGCACCCCGUGAAGUGGUGUUGACCCUCAUGCUAGUCCCCAUCUUCCUUGUCCCCAUCUUUGUCUUCUUGGUGGUGUGGAAUAAUAAAAAGCAGGACUGAAGGACUUCAUCAUUAGGAUAAAACCUCAAAACAACUUCAUAAUGACUUAAUAUGAAAGGUCUCCUCUCAGGAUUCUACAUGUACAAUUGAAUUUCUUUUGGUUUUCAGUAGAGUGCAGGAUGUGUCUGGCAAUGUUUGUUUUUUUUUAAAAAAAAACUGUCCAGGUCUUUAGUCUCAAAUUUGCAUUACUUCCAAGUAAAUAUUAUGUCUUUCUUUGUAAAGAAUAUCUGUAUAUAAGUACUCAGCAAUAAUUAAAUGAACGAUACAGCUCAAUGUAAAACACUGCAAUAAAAACACUGUGCAUAAUAAAA